GUGCCUGGUGAGCUCUGCAUGGGACCGAGGGUCUGGAACCAGACGGAGCCUGAGCCCGCCGUUGACCACCUACUGAGACUAUGCUCCCUGAAAACAGCAGGGGUCUGGGUGCCCCCCAUGUACCUCUGGGUCCUUGGCCCCAUCUACCUCUUCUACAUCCAUCGUCAUGGCAAGGGCUACCUCCGGAUGUCCCCACUCUUCAAGGCCAAAAUGGUGCUCGGGUUCGCCCUCAUAAUCCUGUGCAUCUCCAACGUGUCGGUCACUCUUUGGAGGAUCCAGCAGGGGACACCCCAGGCCCCAGAAUUCCUCAUUCACCCCACCGUGUGGCUCACCGCAAUGAGCUUUGCAGUGUUCCUGAUCCACGCUGAGAGGAAGAAGGGGGUCCAGGCAUCUGGGGUGCUGUUUGGGUACUGGCUUCUCUGCUCUCUCUUGCCAGCCACCGGUGCUGCCCAGCAGGCCUCGCAAGGGGGCUUUCAGAGUGACCCCUUCCGCCACCUGUCAACCUACCUGUGCCUGUCUCUGGUGGUGGCACAGUUUACGCUGUCGUGCUUGGCUGAUCAACCCUCCUUCUUCCCUAAAGACCCCCAGCAGUCUAAUCCAUGUCCAGAGGCUGGGGCCUCCUUCCCCUCCAAGGCCAUGUUCUGGUGGGUUUCUGGGCUGGUGUGGAGGGGCUACAGGAGACCACUGGGAUCCAAAGACUUCUGGUCGCUUGGGAGAGAAAACUCCUCGGAAGAACUCGUCUCCCAGUUGGAAAGGCAGUGGGCGAGGAACCGCAGUGCGGCCCAGCGGCACACCAAGGCAACAGCGUGUAAAAGGAAAGGACUCGGUGAUGAGGAGGCCUCUGAGACUGAGAUAUUCCUACAGCAAAAAGGGAGCAUGAGAGGCCCGCUGCUCAGGGCCAUCUGGCAGGUGUUCUGGUCCACCUUCCUCCUGGGGACCCUCAGCCUCGUCAUCAGUGACGCCUUCAGGUUCACUGUCCCUAAGCUCCUCAGCCUUUUUCUGGAGUUUAUUGGCGACCCCAAGACCCCGGGCUGGAAGGGCUACCUCCUCGCGGUGCUGAUGUUCCUCACCGCCUGCCUGCAAACGCUCUUCGAGCAGCAGCACAUGUACAGGCUCAAGGUGCUGCAGAUGAGGCUGCGAACAGCCAUCACCGGCCUCGUGUACAGAAAGGUCCUGGCUCUGUCCAGCGGCUCCAGAAAGACCAGUGCCGUUGGGGACGUGGUCAACCUGGUGUCUGUGGAUGUGCAGCGGGUGACCGAGAGCGUCAUGUACCUCAAUGGGCUGUGGCUGCCACUCAUUUGGAUCAUCGUCUGCUUUGUUUACCUCUGGCAGCUCCUAGGACCCUCUGCCCUCACCGCCAUCGCUGUCUUCCUCAGCCUCCUCCCUCUGAACUUCUUCAUCACCAGGAAGAGGAACCGCCAUCAGGAGGAGCAAAUGAGACACAAGGACUCUCGGGCGCGGCUCACCAGCUGCAUCCUCAGAAACAUGAGGACAGUCAAGUGCCACGGCUGGGAGAGAGCCUUUCUGGACAGAGUCCUGCGCAUCCGAGGCCGGGAGCUGGGCGCCUUGAGGACCUCCGGGCUCCUCUUCUCUGUGUCUCUGGUGUCCUUCCAAGUGUCCACGUUUCUGGUGGCACUGGUUGUGUUCGCUGUCCAUACUCUGGUGGCCCAGGAGAAUGCCGUGGACGCCGAGAAAGCCUUCGUCACCCUCACGGUCCUCAGCAUCCUCAACAAGGCCCAGGCUUUCUUGCCCUUCUCCAUCCACUCCGUGGUCCAGGGCCGGGUGUCCUUUGACCGGCUGGCUGCCUUCCUCUGCCUGGAAGAAGUUGACCCGGAGGCGGUGGAUUCAAGUCAGCUGGGAGCAUCCUCCAGGGAGGACCGCAUCCGUGUACAAGAAGCCACCUUCGCUUGGUCCCGGGAGAGCCCGCCCUGCCUGCACAGGAUAAACCUUGCCGUGCCACAGGGCUGUCUGCUGGCUGUCGUUGGUCCGGUGGGGGCAGGGAAGUCCUCUCUGCUCUCUGCUCUCCUCGGGGAGCUGUCAAAGGUGGAGGGGUCCGUGAGCAUCAAGGGUCCCGUGGCUUACGUGCCCCAGGAGGCCUGGGUCCAGAACAUGUCCGUGGUGGAGAACAUUUGCUUCAGGCAGGAGCUGGACUUGCCGUGGCUGGAGAGGGUGCUGGAGGCAUGUGCCCUGUGGCCGGACGUAGGCAGCUUCCCUGCAGGAGUCCACACCCAAACUGGGGAGCAGGGCAUGAAUCUCUCUGGGGGCCAGAAGCAGCGGCUGAGCCUGGCCCGGGCUGUGUACAGAAAGGCUGCCGUGUACCUGCUGGACGACCCUCUGGCGGCCCUGGACGCCCAUGUUGGCCAGCACAUCUUCAACCAGGUCAUCGGUCCUGGAGGGCUGCUCCAGGGAGCAACGCGGAUUCUCGUGACUCACACGCUCCACGUCCUGCCCCAGGCCGAUCGGAUUGUGGUGCUGGAAGACGGGGCCAUCGCAGAGACGGGUUCCUACCAGGAGCUCCUGCGCAGGAAGGGGGCCCUGGCGAGCCUCCUGGAUCGAGCCAGGCAGCCGGGACAAAGAGGAGAAGAAGAAAGAGAACCCAUGACCAGCACUGAGGACGCCAGAGGCUCCUCUGGAGGCGGAAGGCCCAUGGGUGGACCAGAGAGGUCCGUGAAGGCAGUCCCCGAGAAGGACAGCGCCACUGCAGAGACCCAGACAGGGCUUCUCCGAGAUGAUCCGGAGGGGGCAGGAUGGCCCACCGGAGAGGCCAGCAUGCAGUAUGGCAGGGUCAAGGCCGCCAUGUACCUGACCUACGUCCGGGCCGUGGGUGCCCCGCUCUGCCUCUACGCCCUUUUCCUCUUCUUCUGCCAGCAAGUGGCCUCCUUCUGCCGUGGCUACUGGCUGAGCCUGUGGGCGGACGACCCCACCGUGGACGGGCGGCAGACCCAGGCGGCCCUGCGAGGCUGGGUCUUUGGGCUCCUGGGGUGCCUGCAAGCCAUCGGGCUGCUGGCCGCCAUGGCCACGGUGCUCCUGGGAGGGACCCGGGCCUCCAGCCUGCUUUUCCGGAGGCUCCUGUGGGACGUGGUGCGAUCUCCCAUUGGUUUCUUUGAGCAGACGCCCAUCGGGGCCCUGCUGAGCCGCUUCUCCAAGGAGACAGACACAGUGGAUGUGGACAUCCCGGACAAACUCCGGUCCUUGCUGAUUUAUGCCUUCGGACUCCUGGAGGUCAGCCUGGUGGUGACGGUGGCCACCCCGCUGGCUGUCGUGGCCGUCCUGCCGCUGCUGCUCCUCUAUGCUGUGCUUCAGAGCCUGUACGUAGCCACCUCAUGCCAACUCAGACGCCUGGAGUCAGCCAGGCACGCCUUCGUGUGCUCCCACGUGGCGGAGGCAUUUCAGGGCGGUGCGGUGGUCAGGGCCUUCCGGGCCCAGGGUUCCUUUGUGGCUCAGAACGACACUCACGUGGAUGAAAGCCAGAGAGUCAGUUUCCCACGGCUGGUGGCUGACAGGUGGCUCGCUGCUAACCUGGAGCUCCUGGGGAAUGGGCUGGUGUUCUCGGCUGCCGUGUGUGCUGUGCUGCGCAAGGCCCAUCUCAGCGCCGGCCUCGUGGGCUUCUCCGUCUCCACCGCCCUCCAGGUGACCCAGACGCUGCAGUGGGCGGUUCGCAGCUGGACAGACCUGGAGAGCAGCAUCGUGUCCGUGGAGCGGAUGAAGGACUAUGCCCGGACGCCCAAGGAGGCGCCCUGGACACUGCCCGCCUGUGCAGCCCGGUCCCCCUGGCCUCGUGGGGGCCAGAUCGAGUUCCGAAACUUUGGGCUGAGACACCGACCUGAGCUCCCGCUGGCUGUGCGGGGUGUGUCCUUCAAGAUCCACGCGGGAGAGAAGGUGGGCAUCGUCGGCAGGACGGGGGCCGGAAAGUCCUCCCUGGCCGGGGGCCUGCUGCGGCUCCUGGAGGCAGCCGAGGGCGGAGUCUGGAUCGACGGGGUCCCCAUCACCCACGUGGGGCUGCACACGCUUCGGUCUAGGAUCACCAUCAUCCCCCAGGACCCCAUCCUGUUCCCCGGCUCUCUGAGGAUGAACCUGGACAUGCUACACGAGCACACGGACGAGGCCAUCUGGGCGGCCUUGGAGACGGUGCAGCUCAGAGCCUUGGUGGCCAGCCUGCCCGGCCAGCUGCAGUACGAGUGCACUGACCAAGGCGAUGACCUGAGCCUGGGCCAGAAGCAGCUCCUGUGUCUGGCACGUGCCCUUCUCCGGAACACCCGGAUCCUCAUCCUGGAUGAGGCUACGGCCGCCGUGGACCCGGGGACGGAGGUCCAGAUGCAGGCGGCCCUCGGGAGCUGGUUUGCCCAGUGCACAGCGCUGCUCAUUGCCCACCGCCUGCGCUCCGUGAUGGACUGUGCCAGGGUGCUGGUCAUGGAUAAGGGGCAGGUGGCAGAGAGCGGCAGCCCAGCUCAGUUGCUGGCCCAGAAGGGCCUGUUUUACAGGCUGGCACAGGAGUCAGGCCUGGUCUGA